AUGCAGCUUGGACAUUUGCUUGUUGGCCAGGUAAUCAUAUGGGUUUCACUUGGGAUGCUAGUGGCAGCGUCGGAAGGGAAGGCUAUUCAGCGAAUUAUGACUAUGAUUGCAAAUGCAUCUUUCUUGCGUGUGUCUGAUUCAAAAGGUGUUUUUUGCUUUUUGUUUUCAUUUGCAAUAAUAGGAUUUGGAUUUAUGCUGGAGGUUGGGCGCUCGAUCACAAAAAUAAACAAGAAUGAAAGGAUGAAGUAUAGGAUAAUGAAAGCACAAAGGGGAUUUGCAUUUAUGUCGCUGGUUCUGUUCAUUAACUUUAUCAGUGCAUACAUAUUCAAAUCAUUGAAUGUAAGAGCAACGAACCUACUGGUGCUAGGACUUGUGAGCCAUGUGAUGUGCUCGAUGUCGUCGUUUUUAGGCAUGGAGGUAUUGAAUACUUUCUUCUACAUGAACUUUGUGCUGUCAAACAUUGCAGUGCUGCUGCUUACGUACAUACUUGGUACAGAAAGAAUGUUUGUAGCAUUAGGGAGCUGUUUUGCAAAGUUCAAGGCAUUUAGUUGGUUUUAA